GCCAAUGACACGUGCUAUACACACAGUAAACUCUGGUAAACUCCUACGCUCAAUCACAGGACUUCUUUUAGCAUACAAAAUGCUUAGCACAACGAAAUUAUAAAUUGAACCAUAUAAAUUAUCUACAAUCAUAAUAACUAUACCAACAAUACAUAGAAUAUUAAUUUUUUAGAUUAGUCCACUAAUAUUCGCGCGCGUUUUUUCCCUCCAUUCGAGGCAUCACCGCCUUUAUCGUGCGCGUUCCCGCCGUUAUACUGGUCGACCAACCAACGGCUAAUUUCAUCCACCACCUCGCCGUGUCAGUAGUCCACUGAGCAAUCACUGUGUCGUUAGUGAGUGUUGUUCGUAUCGGAGUGACGGAUUGUGUUAAUCGUUCGUUAUACAACAACGGUCCCGAGAAGAGGCCAAUUUUGCGCUAUUUUGUGAAAUCAUGGAUUCUGUUACUAUCAAACACAUGUUAUUGCACGAGAUUGGUUGCUCACUGAACACCGAGGAAUCUUCUCCGCCCGAUAGUAAAAAAAUACCUCUGGAAAAUACCUGCAAUAAUAAUCUAAACAAUAAUAUGCCUCAAAAUAGUAGAAGGUGGUCAUAUUCUGGAAAUACUAGUUUUGUAGAACCUGAAAUCUUGGAAGAUAUGGGUGUUAGUAUGUUAGAAGAUCCAGUAACAAAUGAUGAAAGUACAAAACAAUUACAAUCUCAAGUUUGCAUAAUUUCACCUGUAAGUUCAGGUAAUAACAAAAAAUUAAGAAGCAAAAUAUAUGAACAUGAUAGUAUUGAAUAUCAUAAGGAGGUUCAUGUAAAUUCUAAUAUGAAUAAUGGAAAUGUGGAGAGAACAGAGCCAGAUUCAUGCAUUUAUGAUCUAGCUGUAUUUAAUAGUACAGAGAAUAAGUCCAGCAAUCCUUCAAGAGCAAGAGAAAAUUUUGUUAAAGAAAAUACAAAUGCUUCCACUGACAAUGCUGGCUUAGAUCAAUUUUGUUUAUAUAGAAGAAAAAGGAAACCUUCGAUCGUUGGCGAAAAUAAAUUUAAUGAGUUGUCAGAUGAGAUCAUUUUGAUGAUAUUAAAAUGGCUACCUAAAAAAUGUUUGGUACGUUCUAUGUUGGUGUGCAGACGUUGGUAUCAAGUAGCUCGUGAUGAGGCAUUAUGGACUAGAUUAGAUUUGGGUAGUAAAGUUUUAAGUGAAGGUACAUUGGGGUUUAUAUUACCACGAGGAGUACAAAUCCUAAGACUGGCACAAGCAGAAAUUGCUGAUCCUAUUUUCUACGAAUCCAAUAUACAGUGUGAUUACUUUAGAGACGUUUACAUCAGUAGAUUACAAUAUUUAGAUUUAUCUAUGGCUGUUAUAUCACCAAAUGGUUUGGCAACAUUAUUAUCCAAAUGUAGAUUAUUGAAAAACUUAUCAUUGGAAAAGUGUAUAAUAAAUAGGGCUUGCUUUAAAGAAAUUCGACAUAACACAGAAUUAGAAAUUUUGAAUUUAACAAUGUGCGAAGAUAUCGAUGCUGUAUGUAUUAUGGAUUUAGUGAAACUCAAAUGCUUAACUGUCCUCAAUAUGGCAUGGUGUUGCUUAGAUAGCAUGAGUGUGUCUUUACUUUGUAGAACUCUGCCACCAUCUAUUAAACGUUUGAGUGUGGCUGGCUGCAGAAAAACAAUGAAUGAUACUAACGUGAAAGACUUGUUGAGGCGAUGUCCGGAUAUUGUAGAAUUAGAUUUGAGUGAUUGUGCUAUACUUACGAUAAACAGCAUUCAUACUUUAUUGAAUUUCUCCAAAUUAGAGCACUUGUCACUAAGUCGUUGUUACAGUAUUCCACAGUCAGCAUACACAAGAUUAGCUCAGAUGCCAUCUUUAUUAUAUUUAGAUAUUUUUGGCUUAAUGACAGAUCAGGUACUCAAAUCAUUACAGGAUAAAUAUCGCAAACUCGAUGUUAACAAGUUUUACUACAGUUCAAUCGCAAGACCAACAGUAGGCAUUCGAAGAACGAGUAUUUGGGGUCAACGUGUUAGAGAUUGAAUUUCAUACUUCAUAUUAUUCUUGUCAACUCGCAAUCGUGAAAGUGGAAUUGACCGAAAGGAAACCUAAAUACAAGUAUGUAAUACUACACAAUUCCACAUAGACUGAAUAUAAUAAUUCUAAAUUGAAUUCAGUAACGUAUUUUCGAAAGAUAAUUUGUACAUGUUCAAGAUAACACGUAUAAUUCUGUCAAAAUUUAUAAUCAGUAACAAAUUAGUAACCAGCUGUUGCUCAAAUAUAUAUUUAAAAGAG